AUGGCCGUGCUAUCCACCCCAUGGUACCCUGACGCCGACUACAACCCGGAGGACUACGUUCCCCCCCACCGCCUCGCCUCCGACACCAAGCUCGGGCUCACUGCGUCCACCGCGGGCAUCCUCAUCGCCAAAGUGCUCGCGUACAACGGCCCGCACGGCCCCCGGCCCACGCUUGCCUGGAGGCUGGACGUGCACCCCGACUUUGCGCAGGUGCACGACGCGAACAACCCGUUCGCGAUUCUGCGCUCGGGGUGGAACACGCCCGCGUUCGUCUGGACGGGCGCAUCGCAUGCGGGCACUCAGAGUAGGAUUGGCUAUGCGCGAUCGGUCUCUGAUCCGUCGCCGUUUGCAACUUCUCUGACCGCACCUUUAAUGGGCAAGCUGACGCCGCCACCGCCGCCGCCGCCGCCAUCGACGUUGUCGUCGUGCACGUACAAGACGAUCGAGCAGCUCAUCAAGUGGAUCUACGACUGGUUCCAGCAGGAGCUAACAGAAGAAGACGUCGCGCGCCUCUCGGCGGGGCAGAUCACGCCGUGCCUGGGCUGCACGUUCCUCGUCCGCCGCGGUCCAGUUGUCACCGCUGGCCACAAUGGAUCCUACGCCGCAGAUGAUGCCGGUGCCGCGUACGUGCGCGUCGCGCCCCCUGGUCCCGCCAGCGCGCGUGUGGCCGCGAGCCGGCACAGGACGCCCAAGCGCGUAGAUCUGCUGGGGGACUUUGUCAAGUGGGUCGGGAUGACGGUCGCCGUGGACAGUCGCGGCGUGCCGAUACCGCAUCUUUUCCUGACGAACGAUCCGUCGCUGCGCAUGCGGGGGCACGUGGCGUGGUGAUGGCCAUCGUUGGAUUUGGAGAUAGAGUGCGGGACAUUCAUGGGACAUUUGUUUUCUGCGUGGAUCUCUAUGUUAUUCGUAAUGACCUUAAUUUCUAUAUUAACAAGUAUACACCCGAAUGCACUUACGUUACUUAGACGGUUUCGGCACGACCAUUAGAUGAAUUGACGAACAUACUAGUACAUGUAUAUGACAAC